AUGUCGAAACGUAAAGUGCAGUUUGCUGAUAAAGAGAGCGAGGAGAUUCUGGUAGAAUCUACCCCAGCAAGAAUCAAAGCGCACUCUCUGGACAGUGACGAAGAAGGUGAUGACAACGAUGGAGGCAAAGAUGAUGAGAAGUAUGUUUUGCGCGAGGAGGAUUUGGAAGGACAAGAGGACGCUACGAUUGAUUACGACGAAGGAAUCAAGAUAACGCCGUUUAAUUUAAAGGAAGAAAUGGAAGAGGGCCACUUCGACGCAGAGGGAAACUACUUUGAGAAAAAAGAGGAAGUUAUUCGAGAUGAAUGGCUGGAUUCGCUGGACUGGGUCAAAAUCAAAGAACAGGGUGACAAGCUUCAGAAGAAUGUUAGUGAUGGUGAUAAUGGUAUCUUUGAAGAUGCCGACGAACCAAGUGAUCAUAUUCAAGCAAUAAAAGAUAUUAUAGAUAUGCUUUUACCCGGUGAGACCGUCUUAAAAGCUCUCAGACGUCUCGGUGGAAAAGAAAGUGGUCGCAACUCGUCUGCAAGUGCACGUUGGCAACCAAAAUCGAAGAAGCCGAAGGCUAAGGAAAACGAGGGUUCAACUUCCGAGGAAGACAAACAGAAACUUUUAAAACUCACGGAACUAGCAGAUCAACUGCUUCAGAAGGGUUACUUUAGUAUUUAUCAAGAUACACUUGAAAAAUUGGCUCACAAAGUCAAAACUAUGCAAGAAAAACAACAGGAAGCCGAGGAAGAUGAUGCUCUGGAGGCUGCUUUUAGACAAGGGGGAGGAGAGAAUGAGGACACAGUCAUGGAGACCGAGAGUUCUGAUGACAUCAAAGCAGAAUCAGCAAAUGAAGAUGAGGUUUAUUGGCAUUACAAAUGGGAAAAUACAAAAGAUGCUACUGUUUAUGGACCAUAUUCAUCAACAUACAUGUUAAUUUGGAAUGAUCAGGGGUGUUUUGGCGAUGGAGUCUGGGUGCGAAAAGUUGGGGAAGACAGUGGACCAUUUUAUAAUUCAAAACGUAUUGACUUUGAGUUGUACACGUAG